AUGAACGACGAAUCACAAGAAGAAGAAGAGUACGAUUCCGAGACAACAGACGACGAGACCUACGACGGGGAAGGAGACGAAGACCGUCUCUCCGACGAUCAGUUCGUGAACGAAUCCUCCGACGAAGGCGUCGGAGGCAUAGAAAACGAUUACGAUUCGGACGGGAAUGUAAUCGAUGAUGAUGAUGAUGAUGAUGAUGAUGAUUACGACGAAGAUGACGACGCGAUGAUGGGUCACGCGGGAGGACAAGGAUUUCACCCUUUGUUACACGCGCACCCGAUGUUUCAGCAGGCGUUGUUACACUCGCUCGCGCAAGAAGAAGAAAAUACCGGAGAGGUGCCUCACCCCAACGCGGUGGCGCAAAUAAUACAGGAUAUGCAACAGCACUUUCUCCAACAUCAUCAGCAUCAGCAUCAGCAUCACGAUAUUCCUGAGGAUCAGUACGAUAUGAUGAUGUUUAAUAGUGGAGGAGGAGGCGCGUAUUCGACGAGCGGUUCGUCGUUCGUCUCGUCGGAGGAGGAGGACGACUCGUUUUUCCGCGACACGGAGGACGAGGAGUCCGCGGAGUCUGAGUCUGAGUCGUCUUCGGAGGAAGAGGAGGAAGGAAAGCGAGAAGGAAGAGACGCUGCUGAACGACGCGAACAUCCGCACUCGUCGAGGAUUUCGGAAAGAAUCAGAGUGAGAGACGAAUGGGAGGAGGACGCGACGAGGAGAACGGGAAGGAGCGGCGGCGCGCGAGGUGAAAACAACAACACGAGGAAAAGGAAGAACGAGAUGGUAGAAGAGGAGAAAAUAAAAGUGGACGGGGAAGACGACGACGAGGACGACGACGACGAUGAGGAAGAGGACAGGGAUUUUGAUCCGGACGAGAGCGAAACUUCUUCUUCCGGGCCGAGCGUCGUGGAAGACGACGGCGACGACGCGGAGGGUAAAACUAAAAAUAACAAGCUCAAACACCACAACUACGACACGUUAACCUACGACCACGACCAUCUAAAGUACACCGAAAAGCAUGGAUGCAGAAUAGUGCGAAGGGUCGUGGAUACGCUCAUGGCAGGCGGUAAAAUUGCAACCGCAAUGGUGCAUAAGCAAGGCGCAGACGCGGUCUGUCCAAUGCCUAUGAGUUGCGCGGAUCCGGAUCUGAAAUCCAACGCCUUGCCGUACGCCAGCGAGGUGUUGUUGUUGGGCACGAAUAAAGUAAGAGCGUUGAAAGCCAUCGGGGAUAAGAAAAGAUGCACGAAAACCGCUUUAGAUGAAACGGGUAAGUUACCGUUUAAGAUUUACAGCGCAUCGGUCUGUCCGGAGAUGAAAAUGAUUGCCAUUUGCGGCGUCCACGAUCACGGCACGAGAGGCGGAUUAUCUGAAGGGUCCGCAAACGUCGCCAUAUUUUCCCUCAACCCAGAAGAUACAAGAUAUGGCAAUAGUAUCCUCCCCGACGGUCCGCGAAGUGCUCAGCCGCAAGAGCGGUUCAAGUUCCUCGGGAUUGAAAAUAUCGGGUUUCCCCACGACGAAAGAAUAACCCACGAUGGACGAUUAAUCGAUCCCGUGUUAGAUUCAAAUUCCUCCGAGGUUGCCGAACAGGCGAAUUGCAUUCGUUGGGGCACGCACACGAGAUUAAAAGAGGAAUACAUAGAAGAAUACGAAAAGAGGAAAGCGAAAGCCUUGACGAAAGAGAGUAACAAGGCAAAGAGAAAUCAACCGUCGGCCUCGUCCUCGUUCGACGAAGCGCAAUUUAGAAAAGAGUACAUCGAAGAAGCGAAGAACCAUUUCGAGACGAAACGCGUGUUACUUUUAUCCAGUAACGAUGGUCACGUUUACAUCUUAGCAGUUGAAAAAUUCGACGCGAAGACGCUAAUGGAAAAGGCCGAAAAGAAAGAGAAGCGCCUCGAUCAACUCAACGCGAUUGAUGGUUCAGGGUUUAGUAGUCUGUCCAGAUUAGAGCUGUUCAGACUAAAUGAGACGCACAAGAUUAUAAAAUUGGACGCAAUUUUUGUAGGCGCACCAGUGAACUGCGCUGUAUCGCACCCGAGCGGGAAAUAUUUAGCCGUCGCCACGGAUUCGACGAUUAUCCCAGUCAUCGGAAACGAAAUUUUUGGCUACUUGUCGUCGUUCGAUUCGAUCAAGGAGACGAUUGAUAGUUUACGCGGGUGCGAGCUCGUCCACGGAUUUGAGCUAUCGUUCAAAAGAGGACAAAAAGUGGUCGGGUUCGAAAAUGUAACUCAUACCUACGACAACGGAUCUUGGCUGGAUCAAAAUAAUGCGACGUCUUGGAGAGAACGUAGCGGUGACGACGAAUUCCGUUUAAACAGAAUGGACGUGGUGACAAAUCCAUUCUCGGAACUGGCGUAUCAUCACACGCCGCUCGUGUUCAGACCCGAGGAUUUAUCGGAAACCGGACAGAACAAUAUCCCGAUAUUUAAUCAGGAAGGCUUGAAAAACUGGCCCGCUAAUGCUCUCCUCAGAACGUCGUGUCAAUAUUUAGCGUUCUCCCCAAACGGUAAGUAUCUCGCCGCGACAUCGGAUAAUCGGAAAAGUUUAUCCGUUUGGCGGGUCGAACAACCUUCAGACGUUUUUGAAUUAGAAUGCUUCGAUUAUCCGACGGAAACGAGACCGUUUCGAGUCAUGCACGCGCUCAUGAUCAAUCCGCUUGUGAAGUUUAACGGCUUUCACUUGCCUUUGUUGCCUCUAGCGUUUGCGCCAUCCAACGAUGAUAUCUUGAUGGUUGCGGAACGAGGAAAUAAACAGUUUGGCACUUCCGGCGCGCACGUCAUCGACUUGUCAAAGUUCGAAAAGUUUGGCGGCUACAUCCACGGCAGACGGAAGGCUUUUGAGCAGAACGUGAGAGAAACAAUUGAGAAGAACGCCGGUAAGGACAUCCACGAAUGCCGAGCUUUCUACAAAUCAAACGGUGAAAAGCUUCUGAACAGCGUCGAGCCGGAUCCGAAUUGGUAUCGUCAACUGUACGAGCGAGUAGUUGUUACCACCUUUCACAAGCCUUUAAGUGUUUACCCUAGAAUACCUGUGGCUGCACCAUUGAAUUCAAUGAAGCUGAAACCAAACUGGACGCUCGGUUUGAGCAUUUACGAACCUUACGAACGAAAAGAGCUUGACCACAACAAAAACAUGAGUCGAAAACUGUUGCCGAUAGAUUGGACAUCUCAAACGCGCUUGAUGUUUUACGAAAUUGCCAUCCCAAACUCAACGUUCAUUGGGAUGAAAAACUGCAGCGAAGGUUCCGUGAUAGGAGUGGAUCAAAUUGACAUCAUGCACGUCAACUUUGGUCCCGAUGCUGGCCAUGCUUGUGGAUCUUCCCUGGACGAUCCCGCGCAAAACUAUUUCAAUUUGAAGAGUUGCAUGCAAACCAUCUCGGAACCGUUCGAGAGAAACUACAUCACCGGACUUUCUGCCGUCGGUCCACCUCCAGGGUCGACUUUCAACAACACGUAUCCAGACAUCUUUUAUGUCACUACACCGACGACGUUGGAGAUCUUUCGAUUCGAACGCGGGUGGUCUCCGAUGACUGUCUUUCGCAGUUCCAAUCGACGGUUGAAAUUCUAUUCCGGUCGCACGCGCAAAAUGCAAUGGCACAACUCCAUGUUCUCCACGGACUUUCGAGACGCGGCGUUGACGCUGCUGUUAUGCGCUCACAGAAUUCAGAAAACAAAUGCGAAUAAGAAACGUCGGCCGAGAGAGGAGACGACUUUAGGCGACUUGACGAACGAUUGCGUGUUGAAGAUUAUCGAAAAGUUGGCUUUGCCAGCGAGCGAUUGGAUCGAUCGAGACCACGAUAUGUACGUGGAAGCAGAAACGAUAGUGUUGUCAGACGGAAAAGGCGAAGCGGAGAAGAUAGAUUUAUACUAA